AUGAUUCGAGUGCGUUCUAAAAUAUUCGAACUUGAAUUUGAAUUCAACUCUAGCAAACUCUUCAAUUAUCCAACGAGAAAGCUUAUAUUUGAUAAUAUGGAGAAUAAGCCUACCAUUGAGGAAUUAUUCAAUAGUUCUAAGACAACUUUUGUAUGGUCAUCUGAAUGGGGAAAGCAUGCUUCACUUUUUGAUGGUAGUACGGGCAAAACCAAAGUCCUAUUAUUCCGUGUUAAAGAUGAGUUAGUUCCAGCUUUUAUAUCUCCCACAAAGAUCUUUUUCACUUCGAUCGGACUACAAUUGAUGCAUGCCAGAGAUGAGUUGAAACACAUCAAACUACCAAAAGCAAAGUGUGAACAUGUGUCUGCCAAAUUUGCGAAGAAAAGCAAAAAAACUUUCUGCGGCUAUGCUGUAGCAAACCUCAUGAUACCAAGAGUGUUUGCUCAGGGAGCAGAAGUUCAUGAUGAGCCACGUAUGGAAUAUUAUAUUCCUAUGUUAUUAGCAGUCUUUCCAACGUUGAAAAAAGUAUUAUUGGAUUAUGAAAAAAAUCCUGAUGAUGGAUUCAUUCCAGUUCCAGCUGAGGAUAAACAACUUCUAGAUAAGCUUAAAGGCGAGGAUCCUCACCCUGUGUUGAAUCAGGCUGAUGCAGAAUAUAUUGUUUUAAUGUUGAUGAUUUAUUCCGUCACCGAUUUGGAAAAUUCUGAAAAAAUUGCUGCAACAAUGGAAGCACGCCACCAAGCACUCCAAUUCACCACAGGCCGAAGAACAAGCAAAGAUCCUACGGGAUUAGUCUCAACAGAGUAUUUAAAGACCUUACAUCGAAAGAUUACAUUCAUGCCUAAAUUAAUGAGCGGAAUAUUCACCCAUAUUCAUGAAAUCUCAAAAACCCUCGACCACCCUUUACAACCAUUUGCUAAUCACAUUACAUCUUUGUUGGAGGGAGCUCAAAUGACCAUAUAUUGUUUGAUUUAUGAUUUUAUAAGGGAACCUAUUAAGACUGCAGCACAUGUGCAUUCAAUCAUAAUGGAGCAAAUGGCAUUUUAUUCUUUGUCAUUAAGAAAGCUUAAAAAUUCAUAUGGAGAAGAUUGGAAGUUUGCUAAACUUUUUGAUCCAACAAUUACACACAUAGAAGCAAGAAAUUGGGUAGACUUGGCUUCUUUAGCCCUUAUUCAUGCAGCUUCAAUUGAUGGAAGCAAACACAACAUUCGUUUUCCUCAAUUUGUUGUUCGGUUCGAUUAUGCAUUUCUUCUCUCUGAAAAACUCCCAGCUAUCAAUUCAUUAGUUGUUUCGUUUUCAAAAGAUUGUAGAAAAGACUCUCGAAUGGAAGAUGACUUAGAAGAGAAAGUGCUAAAACAAGCAUGUGCAUCGCAAAUGCGUUUACUAUCAAGAUUUGCCUUUGGAAUUUUCAAUCGACCUGGGAAUAAUUCAAUGUUCACACAAUUUUUCAAGUUACUUAUUCGACCAGAGAUUUUUCUUUUAGCUAUUGUAGUUUUCGUGUUUUGCUUCUACAUACAAGCGAUCGAACUCAACACAAAUGGUUUUCUCAAUCGAAUAUCGAAUUCAAUAAAGUUCAAUAGUUCAAAGAGUAAAAUCUCAUUUACAUCAUCAAUCGCUGAAAAGGAUUCAUGGGAUGAUAUUAAAAAACAAUCAGCUGUGUUUGCUGUUCAAGGACGUCGCCCACGAAUGGAAGAUCGUUUCGUGGUAGAAGAAAAUAUUAAUGGAACGACUGGCAUAUCAAUGUUUGCUAUUUUCGAUGGACAUGGAGGAGAAUUUGCUGCUGAUUUCGCCAAAGACAUCCUUGUUCAGAAUUUGUAUAAUAAAAUCACAGAUUCGUGUCAAAUUUUGAGGAAUAAGAUUAAAACAGAAAACACUCAACACUUGUCUCCGGGUGGUGUUUGUGGUGAUGAUGAAAAUGAUCUCAAAGUUGGUGAUAACAGAAAGAAAGAAGAUGAAAGUUCAACAACAAUGUUGCAACGAAAAUUAAGCGGAAGAAGAAGUGGAGCAAAGACAAUAGAUGACAGUAAUAAACGAAGUAACAAUCAAAUAGACUCAGACAUACUAAACAAAUUAAGACCGAGAGAAGGAUUCUCAAUGUAUAAACAGACUGCAUCCGGUGAUACACAACCGCCACCUAAGGUUUUUGACGCUAAAUGUUACGUUCACAAUGGAAAUAAAAUCGAAUAUGGUAAAAUGAUAACCGACGAAAUUCUUUUUGCGGACUAUAAACUUGUUGAGAAAGCAAAGAGACAAACAAAUGUUGCUGGAACUACGGCACUUAUAGCGAUUCUUGAAGGCACUAAACUCACUGUCGCAAACGUUGGAGAUUCUCGUGGUGUUAUGUGUGAUUUGAAAGGAAUGGCAAUUCCACUUUCAUUCGACCACAAACCACAAAGUGCAAGAGAACAUAAAAGAAUUCAAGAAGCGGGAGGUUUUAUUGCUUUCAAAGGUGUUUGGAGAGUUUCCGGUAUUCUUGCUACGUCAAGAGCUUUAGGAGAUUAUCCACUGAAACCAAACCUUGUCAUUGCUGAUCCCGAUAUCCUUACAUUUGAUUUGGCAGACCAUAAGCCACAGUUCUUGAUUCUUGCAAGUGAUGGGUUGUGGGAUACAUUCAGUAAUGAAGAAGCCGUAGCUUAUAUUCGUGAGCAUUUGGAAGAGCCGCACUUUGGUGCCAAAAGCAUCACAUUACAAUCGUAUGCGAGAGGCUCUGUGGACAAUAUUUCCACGAUUGUGAUCGUGUUUAAAAACGGAGCUUAUAGGAUUGGAUCGUCAUCAUCAAAUGAAGGUGGUAAUUAAUGAAACAAUUUUGACUUGUUAAUGAGCUUAAGCAGUUUUUUUAUAGUUUAGAAGUUAAUAAUGUUGAGGUUGAAACUGGGAUAAAAAAAAUUUCGAUGUAAAAUCUUAAAUUGAAAUGAAAAUUCUUUUUGAUACUUUAAACUAAUAGAAUAGAAUUGUUUACUACGCGGCCAUAUGAGUAGGAAAAGCACUGAACGCGUUUUGUUAUUUUUAUUGUUUAUGUUUUAUAGACCUUCUUUAUUAAAGCGAACAAAUGGACCCAGAAAACAAAAUUCACAAAAAAACUGAGCACAAAUUUUUGAUUUAACAUAAAAUUUAAAUUAUUCAAUGAAAAUACUUUUGCACAUGUAAAUUAAAUUUCUUGUGGUUAUUUCCUUAUUUCUUUUUAUUUAUUCUUUAGUAAGGUGCAACGUUGUUUUUAUUUCAAAAAAGGAAAAAAUAAAUAAAAAUGUUUUCAUUGCACAUUAA